UUUACGUCAUUAACAGUCUGCUUCUUGGUGUGUUACUACAUGGUUCUUAGUCUACAUAUAGAAUUUACACGAUAUUGCGAAACAGAUAUGGCCUCCUCAUGUUACACUGACAACGAUGAAGUCUCGUGCAGUCUCUGUAUGGAGGUUUUUAGCGACCCGAGGACAAUACCUUGUGGGCACACUUUCUGUCGCGCAUGCCUACAGAACCUUUUCAACUCCAACAAGAAGCCUCACAGCAUCUAUCGUUGCCCCGUAUGUAGAAAGCGCGUGUCCCUCCCGGACACGACGAAACCAGUAUCAUGCUACGCCGACCAGUUCCCACGCAAUGUGGCGCUCUUGCAGGCCAUAGACACCAUCAGCAAGUUAAAGCAACGUGAUGCCCCAGCAACCACUACAACAACAGAUCAUCUAACGCAGAAUAUGAAGUCCAUCUGCCAGAAACUGGAGAGGUUCAACCACAUUCUUCAAAGCAAAAUGAAGUCCGACCAGAUCGUGACAACCCUUCGCGCCGAACAGACCCGGAUGAAGAAAGAGCUACAACAAUGCCAGCUCUCCACAAAUAAUGGCAUUUCAGAGACACGAGCAAGAAUCCUAAACAUAUCGGGCAUCCAGCCUGACCGGAAGAGAGAUAAAAUGGUACAGACAGGAGCGUUUAACAUGCAGGCAAACGAUUUCCUUAGCUCUGGCAUACAGUGCAUCCUGGUGCUCGAAGGCGAACGAUCGAACACGAUUGUCGUGACCGAUUCUUUCAACUGGUCUGUGAAAUAUUUCUGUGCAGAGACGUUUGCUCUUCAAAGCAAACGCAAGGUGUUCGGUGCCCCGUGCGGCCUUGCAGAGUCACGUGAUCAGCAGGUGGCGGUCGUCCUGCCAAGAGAAAAGCAGAUACUGUUUCUGACAAUGCGGGAUGACACCAGCCUGACCAAAAAGGUGAGGACUGACAGAAUGUACUUUUACAUAGCCAUGCUGCCUGCCAACCGUAUGGCAGUCACCGGGGGUAAUCUGCAGUCUGUCGCCCAUGAAAACUGGUGGGGUAAAUACGUUGACGUGUUGGAUGAAGAGGGCACAGUGAUCCAGUCCCUACUCUUUGACAUGUUCAUCGAGCCGUGGUGUCUCGCAGUGAAAGGAGACUCUCUAGUUGUCGUAUCCGACUGUGGUUCGCUGGUAUCGGUGGCGUCAUCAGGGGAAGUCACGUGGGCGACGCGUGAUCAACAAAGGCUACUUCAUCUACGUGGCGUAACGUGUGACGUAGAGGAGUUUGUUUAUGUUUGUGACAAUGACAGGAGUUGUGUUGUUCAGUUCUCACGUGACGGUGAGAUCAUCCGGGACAUCCUCACGUGCCAGGAUGGACUGACGGAGCCUCUGUACGUCUGCUGUGAUCAGGACAAACUGUAUGUCGGCCAGAGCAAUGGAGAAGUUAAAAUAUUUACGUGGAGCAAAGAUUAAAGUUGCAGGAUGUCCGCUCCACGGAUUCUGUAAAAUGCACAAUAUAAAUACAACUGCUGUUUUAAUAAUGAUACUUUCCCCGGACAGACAAUUGGACUCGGUGAAGCCUGUUAGAUAGGGUUCUUUAUUCCAGAGAAUAUAUCAAAUAGUCUAAACAUACCUUAUAGUUAUAAGGAAAAAAAAGUAUUAUUAAAAUACAUUCACAUCUAUACAUAAACAGUUCUAAAACACAGUAUUAAAACACAAUUAGCCUAAUAUAUAUAUAUAUAUAUAUAUAUAUAUAUAUAUAUAUAUAUAUAUUGUAACAAAAUGUGGGCGUUUAGUAAUUAUCAAUGUUGUUUGAUGAUGAAGUCUCCAUUACGGGCCUUCGCGGUUAUUUCACAGACCGCAGACUAACGGCUCAGAGAUCGUUUUCAAGGAAAAUAUUACAAUAUUCUAUGUCAUUAUUACUCUUACUAUUUAAAACAUAUUAUGGAAUUUUUACGUAAUCGAAUGAUGUAGCAGUCACUACCUGUCGUUAGCGUUUUUACUAUUUCUAGCCAGUUGAAGCUGUGAAAAUAGCACAAUUUUAUUUGCAUGGAAGCCGCCAUCUUUGAACUUAACAUAUGAACGAUUUUCAGCCUGUUGCUAUAUUAAUUAGGUUGUAAACGGACUAUUGUUUAGAUAAUUUAGGAUAUUAUUUAAAUAUGCUAGUUUAUAAUAGUUAUUGGAAAAAUAGUGGUUUCCUUAAAUAUUAGUUUAUUGUAUUUCUUAAUUACUAAUUUCCAGCAUUUACGACUUAGUGCUAUUUUUAACUUGACAUUAUUUCCAUUAUAUCGUGUGCGCUAUUUAUAACAUGACCUUCUUUACCGUAUAUGGAAUAUUCCUAUUUUUAUCCAACCUUUUUGGCUAAAUAAGGGGUUGGUACGGGGUAUAAAAAGCGCGACGUCAUGACGGUUGGAGUUCAGUUUCUCGGACCAUACAGAUUUUAAAGAAUUAAUAACUAGGCCUCCAAUGGUAACAACAAAUAAAGAAAUACAGAAAUAUUAUCACACAGAUACAGCACAUACACACAGAACAGAUAAAGAACAAGUAUUUAGAGAUUACAGACUUAGAUUCCAGAUUUUCACAGCGUUAGGUUCACGUUAAAGUUACGUCCCUCUCCUUGACGGUAGUGACGGUUGACGAACUGAGUGACGGGGUAGGGUAAAACUUAGAAUUAUGUAAAUAAGUAUAAAUAAAUAAACUAUAUAAGCAAUUAGAAAUUAUUAAUGAAAUCAUAAUUUAAUUCUAAAUACUAAAUUGAUGUAUUUUGUGUAGUUAAUGUAUUGUGACUAUUAUACUGUUGUUAAUAUUAUUAAUUAUUUACAAGAAUACAUUUCUUGAGUUU